AUGACUUUUUCUCAGGGUCUAUUGACUUUCAUGGAUGUGGCUAUAGAGUUCUCUCAGGAGGAAUGGAAAUGUCUGGAUUCUGCUCAGAGGACUUUGUACAAAGAUGUCAUGUUGGAGAAUUACAAUAACCUGGUAUCCGUGGGUGUUGCUGUUUCAAAGCCAGAAGUAAUCUUAUGUCUUGAACAAAACAAAGAACCAUGGAUUGUUGGUAGAGAAGAUACAGAAGAAAGAAAACUAGGUCAUCUGAAAUGA